AUGGAUGGUGUCACGGCAGCGUCAGAUUUACCAGCACAGUACGAGGCAGCAUAUCAGCACCUCCUCCAGCGUGUAUAUCGCGCCCUUGGAUGUACCCACCUUGACGAUGUUUCGACCAUCCGCGACGAGGUGGCGUCGUUCAUUGAAAGUGUCACCCAGGAUAGGUAUAUCCUUCCUCUUUCGGACUACGACGCUAUGAUUCGCAAUGGCGACUGCAUGUUGGAAUCUCUUGACGAGCACCUCGACCUUAUUCGCGCGCAGCCUCAAGAUGUCCCCACAAAUGGCUCGGCGCAUCCGCCGUUCUCUGCCGAUGACUUGUCCUUUAUCGACCACUACGGUGAUCUCUACGAUCACCUUCAUGAGCGAGUCACCAUUGGCCUCGUCUCGCAUGCAUCCGAUAUCACGGCCCUCGUCGCACUUCGUGGCGACGUAUCUGCUUUCCUCGCAAAUCUCGAGCAGCAUUCUCUCCGCGUCCCAGGUCCCGACUACGCUGCUAUGCGUACCAAUGCUGUUCAAAUGCUGGCCGCGCUCAACGAUGCACAAGCGGACGCGCGAGUACCCUCCGACUCGGCUCACAUCCGCAUUGUGAACAGCUUUCCCGACGCAUACGACGUUCUUCUUGCCCGCGUCAACCGCACAUUGUUAGCCCACCUUGGCAAUGGGCCAGAAAUUGCGGCCACGCGCGCAGACGCUAUUAGCAUCCACACCCAGGUCCAGUUCCACCGUCAUGCGCUCCCCGCCGACGGGUACGCCUCUCUAUCCUACAAUAUCACGCAGAUGAUAGAGGCCCUCGACGACGCUGCCGAACAGUGUCGCGACCCUCCCGACGCCCCACCCAUCAGCGUCACUCAUAAUGCCACCAACCGUAUCGGGCGCCCACCUUGUGCAGUAGGGCGGGUUUAA